CCGAAUCAGAAUCUUGGUGGAGGAAAUGGCGCCGCUGGUUGUGCUGAACGAGCUCCCAGCGCUGCUUUUGACUGACUGAGGGGCGUUCAGCGGCCGCACUCGUGUCGGCCGCUCCUGCAUGUCACUGCCGUGCACUUUAUAUACAUGAGAGAAUUGGAAGUUGCAGCUACCAAAGAAGUUGAAGGAAAUCUAAGCGAAGGUGUUGGACAAGAAGAGGAAGAACAGUUGAUGGAAGAAAGAAAGAAGAGAAAGGAAGAUAAGAAAAAGAAAGACACAAUCUCUAAGAAGGCCGCUGAACAAAAAAACAAAGUGCCAGAUCAAAUACAAAGCCAGCCACAACCUGUGAACGGGACUAUUGGCAUUUCCACGGCAACCAGCAUUCAAAAUAAUAAUGCCAAGCAGCCCACAGCAAUCAAUUCGCAGCUGCAGCAAACAACGGUGCCUCGUUACCCUCCCCGUGAAGUUCCACCGCGUUUCCGACAGCAGGAGCAGAAGCAUCUACUAAAACGUGGGCAGCAGUUUCCAGCCAUUGCAGCCAACCUGGGUUUAGUCACUGUGGUAGUAGAGUCAGGAAGCAAAACUGCAGUGGGGCAGGAGCACCCUCUGACUGAAGAAGUAAAGGACAGUUGCAAAAAUCAGCCAGGCAUGCCACCCAUUCGGGAUAUGGUCAGCCACUCCCCUAACCAGCUAGAUCUUAAUCUAGGACCUCACUAUGAAAGUUCACACUGGGGACCCGUCUCUUCCAAUGUUGAUUCAGGCACAAACUGGGAUAAAAUUAUCGUAGACGGCACUGACAAAGAAGCGUGGCCAUCUAUCACAGACAACAGCCCAGAGUUAACUUCAGAAUGUAUGGACAUUGACUCUGCCACAAACUCUGGGCCAGAAAAGAGCCACCUUGUGCCGUUUGCAGACAGCGUAGGAGAAAUGGAUACCAUAAGAAAUGGCAUCGCUCAUAGUUCUCAAAGCAAACUUUUGGUAGGCAGUAACAGCAAUAAUGCAGGCAAUGGAAGUAUUAAUGGACCAUGGGGCAUGACCCAUGGAGCCAUGAUAAGCACAUGUCAAGAUGGCCCCGAUAGCAAAUCAGACAGUAGGCACAACAGGAUUAAUGCUUGGGGCACCGUGAAUACUUCGGCUAAUGGAGUUAAUAAUCCAAGCACUUUGAAUAUGAACGGCAACCAUGGUGCCUGGCCCGUUUUGGAUAGCAAUGGACACACCCUUAAAGGGUCUAAUAAUUCUGGCACAAAUGUUCCAAACAUUACUAUAGGUCAGGUGUCUAACAAUCGGAGUAUUAAUCCUAAAGCGGGAAGCUCUAGCUCCUGGGGAAACCAUCAGGAGAAUUGCGAUUCUGAAGUCAAUGGUACACAGAAAGUUUCUUAUAGUGGGCAACCUCAAAACCUUAACACUGAAAUGACUGGACCAAAUAACACUACUAACUUCAUGACCUCUAGUUUACCAAACUCUGCAGGCUUAAUGCAGACAAAUGAACUGCCUAAUUCUACAGGGCAUGGGGCUUGGUGUGUGAGCAACAUGAAUCAUUCUCCACUUCACACCCCUUCAAUUACAAAUGGCACUUCCAUUCCUCAUCUAAGUAAUGGUGAGGAAAAAAAUGGCGGAUCAUACGGUACUACAUGGAGUACCUCCGGCUCUACUUACUCCGGAGAAAAAAGUUCAGUCCCAAAAGGGCAAGCUAAUGGCGACACUGUGAAUGCGACAAUAAUGCAGCCGGGCAUAAAUGGGCCCAACUGUCCAAACUAUAAAAUUAAUGGGAAUAAAGGAGUAUGGGAGUCAGGGACUGUAAACUCCCAAAAUAUGCAUUGGGGAAAUGGAGGGACUUCUGGUGGAAAUCGGAGAGGAUGGGGAAACCCAGCACAAAACACUGGCACUAAUAUAUCAAAUGGCGAAUGGAACAAAAUGCCUAGCACUCAGCAUUCCAAUGAGGGUGAAAAUAUAGAAAAUUGUAGGAAAGCACCAAAUACCUGGAAAUCUGCUGAAGAAGAUAAUGUAGGUCAUAAUCCAACAGGGUCUAAGGGCAAUGAGGCAAAUAAUGUAUGGGCCAAAAGUACAGGUAUGGGAGAAAGCGAAGGUAGCGUUGAUAGCACUGGAAGUCAGAGUGAGCAAAAAAAUGGGACAAUAACUCUGGAAAGAAGGAAAACGGACCAGCAAACAUUACUCCAAAGUAUUGUAAAUAAAGGUGACCUGGACCCCCGGGUCUUGUGCAACACUGGCUGGGGACAGACUCCAAUUAGACAGAACACUGCCUGGAAUAUUGAAGCUGCUUCACCUAGGAGCGACAGAAAGACUGACAAUGGAACAGAAGCUUGGGGAAGCUCUGUGUCAAAGACUUCUAACUCAGGGGGAUGGGUAGAAAAACCCAACCCUAAUAGCAAUGAUACCUCAUCAGUAUCUGGGUGGGGAGAUCCAAAGUCUGCUACAGGGUGGGGAGAUGCCAAAGGCUCAAUAAGCCAAGGGGAUUGGGAAGAUCAAUUUGCUGCUACUACUGGAAUGGUCAAGAGCAAUCAGUCGUGGGGUAACGGUAAAGAGGACAAAUCCACUUGGAAUGAUGCACAAAAGGUCAAACAGGGGUGGGGUGCGCAUAGUGGUGAUAAUAAUAAGGGGGAAAAUUCCAAGAAUAAUCAUUGGGGAGUCACAAAGUCAGGUAAUGGAAAUGACAAUGAUAGAUCAAUGACUGGCUGGAAUGAGCAUAAUAGAUCCAAUUCUUGGGGAAGUGGAAAUGUAAACACAUCAAACUGGGCUGACACCUCUAAGAACGGCUCAACCCAAGGAUGGGGAGAACCGACCAAGCCUAAUACCCAAGGGAACAAUGAGGCUUCUAAAUGUGGCCCAGCUCAAAUGGAGAGUGAAAUGACAUCAAAUAACUCUACAGAAUGGAAUAAGAAACCGGAUACAGGUUCAUGGGGUGCACAGGCAACCACUAAUAAAUCUGGUUGGUUGGGUGGACCAAUGGCUACUCCCGCAAAGGAAGAGGAUUCGACAGGAUGGGAGGAACCUUCCCCAGAGUCCAUAAGACGCAAAAUGGAAAUAGAUGAUGGAACUGCAGCCUGGGGUGAUCCUAACCAAUACAAGUACAAUGUGAAUAGAUGGGGUAAAAACACAUCGAGCACUUCCAGCUCUGCAGAAAAUCAACCCCAACUACAUUUGAUGCCCCCACCUUCAAGUGCCAUGCCAAACAAAGAGAACAGCAACAGUUCUGGUUGGGGGGAAACCUGGCCAGACACUCCAUCUCCUGCUGUAAAUAACGGUACUUCUGCUUGGGGUAAACCUAUAGAAAAUAACAGUAGUUGGGGGGAUCCCAGCAACGAGCCUGCUUCAUCUGGUUGGAACCACACUCCUAUUGGUCAGCAAGCUCCAUGUAAACCGGGUCCCAAAUCUAUGCAAGAAGGUGGAUGGUGUGGAGAGGAAAUGUCUGUGAGUCGUCACUCUAACUGGGAGGAUGACGAUGUAGAGAUUGGAAUGUGGAACAGUAAUGCCUCACAGGAAAACAACGCAUCUCUUAAUUGGCCGCCUUACAUGAAGAAGAUGCCUACAAAGGGAACCACAAAAAAUGGGAAUAAGCAAGAGGAGAAUUGGAUAAAUCCAUUUGUCAAGCAAUUCAACAAUUUAGCUUUUUCUAGAGACGCCCCAGAGGACUCCAUGCAGAGCAAUAAGAUGGAUCUGCCUGGGGUGAGAAUGGAUAUGGAGAAAACAGGUCUCGGGGUUGGAGACUACAAUAGGGCUGUAGGAAAAGCCCCUGGGCCACGCCACAUUUCCAAAGAGUCUUCCAUGGAUCACAAUCCUUACUUUGAUAAGGACAACAUUGUAGCAGAAGAGUCGCAAAACAUGCAGUUUAUUUCCAAUCAGAACAUGAAACUUCCCCCUUUAAAUAGUGCACUACCUACUCAGUCCCUAGGCUCCUUCACAGGGCUGGGAAUGCCAAACAUAAGUUCUGUAAAACAGAAUGGCAAUUCCAAUAUGUAUGGUGUUGGGAAUGCAGCACAAGCCCGAGGCGCACAGCAGCCUCCAGCACAAGCUCUCAGUUCAUCUCAGCCUAACCUCCGUGCGCAAGUGCCUCCUCCUAUUAUACCCCCUCAGGUUCCUCCUUCUUUACUAAAGUACCCGCCAAACAAUGGGGGCCUGAAUCCGCUUUUUGGCCCUCAGCAAGUAGCCAUGUUGAACCAGCUCUCUCAAUUAAACCAGCUUACCCAGCUCUCUCAAAUCUCCCAGCUACAAAGGUUAUUGGCUCAGCAGCAGAAGGUGCAGAAUCCAAGAGGGGUGUCUUCUGGGACACGCCAACAGCAAGAACAACAGGUUCGGAAUAUGGGUUUGCAUCAACAGUCCCGUCAAUAUGAGCCUAACCUGCUCAUGAAGCAGCCUGUUCCCCAGUCUCCCCAGUCAAUGCACCAUCAACCUCCCAUGAAGUCCUAUAUGGAGAAUGUGUUGCCUCACUCAACCCCCGAGAUGCCAAAAGUACCUUCACCCAUCAGUGCUUUUGGUGGAUUUUCAUUAGGAUUGAAUUCAAAUGUAAAUAUGGAACUUGGAAGUAUGAAGGAGCCACAGUCCCGACUGAGGAAAUGGACGACGGUUGACAGCAUGUCUUCUAGUACGUCACUGGAUCAGAAUUCCAGUAAACAUGGUGCUAUUUCAAGUGGUUUUAGACUUGAAGAUUCUCCUUUUGGUUCAUAUGAUUUCAUGAAUAGCAGUAAUUCUCCAUCCAGCCCUCCAGGAUCAAUAGGAGAUGGCUGGCCCAGUGCCAAAUCGCCAAAUGGCUCCAGCAGUGUCAAUUGGCCCCCAGAAUUUCGUCCGGGUGAGCCAUGGAAAGGAUAUCCAAACAUUGACCCUGAAACUGACCCUUAUGUCACUCCUGGCAGUGUCAUCAACAACCUGUCAAUUAAUACUGUGCGGGGUGUGGACCACCUCAGGGACAGAAAUAAUGGGUCAUCCUCCUCUCUGAACACCGCGCUGCCUUCAAAUAGUGCCUGGUCAUCCAUUCGUGCCUCCAACUACAGUGUCUCCCACAGCAGCACAGCACAAAGCACUUCAGUUAGAAACAGUGACCCCAAAUCAGCUUGGUCUCCUGGUUCCGUUGCUAACACCUCUCUGGCUCAUGAGUUGUGGAAAGUCCCUUUGCCAUCUAAAAACAUCAGUGCUCCGUCCAGACCUCCUCCAGGGCUGACUGGUCAGAAGCCACCUUUAUCCACUUGGGAUAGCAACUCCCUGCGCCUGGGUGGUGGAUGGGGAAAUUCUGACUCCAGAUACACACCAGGUUCCACUUGGAGUGAUAACAGCUCAGGGAGAAUCACAAAUUGGCUAGUUUUGAAAAACCUAACACCUCAGAUCGACGGCUCCACUCUGCGUACUCUGUGCAUGCAGCAUGGGCCACUGAUUACAUUCCACCUGAACCUGCCCCAUGGUACUGCCCUGGUCCGUUAUAGUUCCAAGGAAGAGGUUGUGAAGGCACAAAAGUCUCUGCACAUGUGUGUUUUAGGCAACACUACUAUCCUAGCCGAGUUUGCUAGUGAGGAGGAGAUAAGUCGCUUCUUUGCACAAGGCCAGUCUAUGACCCCUUCCCCUAGCUGGCAAUCCAUGGGGUCUGGGCACAGUCGGCUGGGAUCCCUAGACAGCCCCCACAACAUCUCGAAUCGCGGAGAUAUCAAUCACUGGAAUAGCCCAGGAGCAUCUGGUUCCGGAGACCUUCAUGGCACUUCACUCUGGGGCACUCCAAAUUAUUCCACAAGUCUGUGGGGGAGCCCAAACAGCGAGAACAGGGGCUUAAGCAGCCCAUCUCCUGUCGGCGCCUACCUUCCUGAUCACUUAAGUGGAGAGCCCAUGUAGCUUUUCACUUACAACCUCAGAUGAAUUCUAGUAAGCAGCCCUAUGCCAGGCUGGACUUUUUAUGUAAAACUCUGCAUGUCCUGCAGAGACAGCUCUUCUGCACACUUCCCACUUUUUGUUUUAGCCCAAAACAUAUCAUUUUGAAAUACUUGAAUCAUGCAGGCCAAUAUUAUAAUGUGAAAUGAAAACAAAAUCUAUAUUUACACUUCCACAUUAGUGCUAUUCAUAUUAAAACUGUGUACAAUGAGCUGUGUGUAUUUUAACCGUGAGUUUUGAAUUCCAUUUUUUUUUUUUUUUCUAACUUGUUUUUUUUUCCUGACAUUUUGAGCUACAUUACUUUUUUGCACUGGACGGUUCUUCGUGUUUUCUGUUUUUAUUUGGAAUUAUCGGAAGCAACAGCUCAUGUGUAACUGUUUACUCUUGCGUGUACUUAAGAAGAAAAAAAAGAUAACUGAUUUAAUGCUUGUUCUUUCUAAGAUGCCUUGAUGUACCUACCUUAUUGUGGUAUUACAAAGUUUUAACUGCCUUGUGGCACCAGUGUGGCCCAUAGUGAUCUAUAGCAGAGCAAAGCGCUAUCUGGCGUCCUCAGUGCUUAAAAGGGUUACGUCAGUUGACGGUUAAAACUUAGUUUUUAAAAAAACAAAAAGAAAGUAUUGCACCAGGUUUUCAUGACUAAACCGAAUAGAAUUUAGCUCUAUGAUUUUAAUAAAAAAAUAUAUAUUAAAAAAAAAAAAAAUUAAAAAAAAAAUAUAUAAAAAAAAAAUUAAAAAUAAAAAAAAUAAAUAAAUAAAAGAUAAUAGUGGCCACAGCUGUGACAUACACCCUACGUGUGCCAGUAGGGAGCAGCACUUUCAAAAGGCUUUGCAUUUUUAUUUUCUAAAGAGGUACCAAUCCAGGGAUCUCUUGUUUACAGAAUGUUUUGUUUAUAUUUUUUGUUUUGGGGAGGGGGGAUUCUUAAUUUCUGUUUUUCACAUAAAUGUUUACUAUUCCAUCAGUUAAACCCUUAGCCAGUCAAGAGGUUUAAAAAAAAAAAAAUGAAAAAAAUAAAGAAUAAUAAUCUAAUUGGUGAGGAUGCUUUUAUCUCUGGGAGUCCAGCAGUGUUAGGUCGUGUUCUUUUUAUUUAUUUAUUUUUCUUGUUGGUGUAAUACCAAGUUUUUUAACAUAAGGGGGGAAAAGAACACGACUCUCAGGAAUAAUAAUGGAAAUAACACUUCCCUUCUCCCUGCUCUAAAAAAAUCACUAGAAAAAAAAUGCAACUUUUAGCACUAACCGUGCUAAUUUCUCAAAGACUUUCCUCUCUGCCAAAAAAUCCCCCAGAAAGCUUUCUAAAGCCAAGUUCUUCGUUUUGUUUUUUUUGUUUGUUUGUUUUCGCUUUGACGCAGUGUCUUUUUUUUAGAGUAGCAUUGAGAUUUUUGCAAAUAACUAUGUAAAUGAUUUUUUUUUGUGUUCCAUUAAGUGGCUAUGUGUCUGCUUUGUGACAGUGUUUUAUUAAUGUUCUGCGUUUGUCGUACUUUUUUAAAAAAAAAGCCGAUUAUUUAGUAACUAUGCACAUUUAUGCACAUUGUAACCAAGUACUGGGCUGACAGAUUUCUUGUUUGUUGUAUAAAAAAAAGGUGUUUUUAAAUGUUUAGAUGCGAAGUAAAUGAUUGCAAACACUUUCUUGCAAAGGAACAAGUUACAUUUUUUUUUUUUAUAUUGUUGUUGCCGUAAAUGGUAUUAAUGCUUGUUUGGUCAAAGAAUUCAAAAAAGCAAAAACUGAACAAGGAUAAAAAAAAUGUAUCCAUGUUUAAUCAUAUGUUUUAAUCCCUGCUCUGAAUUUAAAGGCCAGGGGUUCGCAAGCUGUUUUCCUUGAUCCUUUGCAUCUCCACCUACUUUCCACUGGAGUUUUAAGGACUCCUUUCCUCUUCCAUAUGCCCUUAUUGACCAGUUCUCUAACAAUAAGACAGCAAUUGCAUAUUUAAAGCGUUGCUAGCACUCAUGCUUCACAAUAGAUGAAGCUUUCUGUACGAAUUGAAACACUCAAUAUAAUGCCCGUGUUCAGUUUUUGUAUGCAGUGGAAGGGUUAAUAUUUAAUCCCUUCACUGUCUCCAGUUUGACAGAAUAGGAUUUUACCUUGUUCUGAAACAGAUCCUUGGAUGGCUAAGACAGUUUGUUUUUAUGUGAAUGAAAAACCAUAACUCAAAGGUGCAUUAACAGUUCAUAAAAGAAAUACAUUAAAUAAAUGUGGUUUUCCUUCCCAUACUGGAGUAGCUCACUGUCCUAAGGAUCUGUUUGGGGACACAAUCUUCUGCCAUUAUCUCAUUGCCUUGAUGCUGAUCUGUCAGCUAAUACAAAUCAAAUUGUGGCUUUUAACUGUUUACAAAUAAAAAUGAUUGUACAUUUUACAUUUUUUUGAUUGAUGAAGUUUCAGAAAUUAGUGAACUGUGUAUUUCUGCUGCUUAGCAUUUAAUAGUUUUAUUUUCAUUUUUUUCUUUCCCCUUUUGUUGUGAUUUUUUUUUAUUUGGAAGCUGUUUUUAAUGCAGUCUGAAAAAAAACAAAACUCUUAAAUAUGCUUGGACUGUAUUAGUGUUGUGAAUUGUUAAAUAAUCUGAGGAGACGUGUAAUAUUGUGAUGUUGUACAAGGCAAACACUUUUAGAGUUUGUUCCUGGUAUAUAAUUAUAUAGCCUUAGCUUAACUGGGAUUACCUUUUUGUAAAGAGGACUUUGCCAGAAGAGAUGAUGCUUCUAACUAUUAUAUCCUGCACUAAGCUCGUAACUUGAAAAUUAUACAGGACACAGUCGCUCGUAUGGAAAUUUACAUUUGAUGUUUCUAACACUUGAGUACGCAUUUACUGCAUUUAUACCUCAGUUAAAGAACAACCCAGCAGUGACUAUAAAUAGCAAUUAUUUUGUGUUUGGUUUUGUUUUAGCACAUUUUGUCCUGCUUUAAUCUGGUGCUGCAUUGCACAACUGUAUUGUCUAGCUAGACAAAAAAAAGUCUAAUCUGCCAAUGGGUGGCAUCUGUGUUCCUUGUAAAGUAGUCAUUUCAAGUCAACCUUCUGUAUUUCAAGAAGAUAUUUUAUCUGUAACUUAUUACAAACAGUACUGUAGUCAAUCCUAGCCCAGUUGCUGUCUGCACAACCUCUGCGGUAUUAAUCUGCAGUGUAUUGCAGGAGUCCCCACCUAUGGACAGCAAAUGGAUUAACAUACUCUGCUUCAGAGAGGCCUACAAAUAACAUUUCAGACCUCUCUGUCUUUGUAGGGCUUUGUUUAUAAGAAGAAAAAAAAACUAAAAGGGGAAAAAAAUAAAACACAAAAAAAAAAAAAAACAACCAAAGCUAGCUUUGUGACACUUCCCAUGAGAAGGAGUUUAAAGUUUCUCAAUGAAUAGGUGCCCUCCAGCCAACUAUAUGGAGUGUUAAUCUACAGCCUUUAUUGUAUUGUUCAAAUGCUUGAAUGCUUCCUGUUUUAUUUUUGUUUGUUUUAUGAAGCUUGUAAUGUAAUAAAGUAUGGUUGCUCUUUA